GCAGCCGGGGGGCGGGGCCUUCGCUUCCUCCCUGGCGGGGCCGGGGCCGGGGCGAGCCGCCGAGCCCCGCCCGCGGGGUGUCCCCGGCCGCCCGGCUGCCCCCCGCCGCCCUCAGCAUGCACGGCGUGCCCGCCAUCCCCGAGGAGGUCUGCAGCCUCCUGGCAGACGUUGACACAUUUAUUUCCCAAACGCUAAAGGGAGAAAAUCUAUCCAGGAAAGCAAAAGAAAAAAGGGAAGUUCUUCUUAAGAAGAUAAAAGAUGUUAAGGCAAGUUAUCCUCAAGAAUUCCAGGAUAAAGAAUUGGAAGAUGAGGAAGAGUCUGAGGGCUCUCUUUCUUUGCCUCCUGAUAGUGAAUCAAUAGCAUCUGACAGAUAUGAUAAAGAGGAUGAAGCACCCUCUGACGGGAAUCAGUUUCCUCCUAUUGCAGCUCAGGAUCUUCAGUUUGUUCUGAAGGCUGGAUACCUGGAAAAACGCAGAAAAGACCACAGUUUUCUUGGCUUUGAAUGGCAGAAGCGUUGGUGUGCUAUCAGUAAGACGGUCUUCUAUUAUUAUGGAAGCGACAAAGACAAACAGCAGAAAGGUGAAUUUGCCUUAGAGGGCUACACCAUCAGAAUGAAUAAUAGCCUUCGGAAGGAUGCAAAGAAAGAUUGCUGUUUUGAAAUCUCCGCUCCUGAUAAGCGCAUUUAUCAGUUUACAGCUGCCACUCCCAAAGAAGCUGAGGAAUGGGUACAGCAAGUCAAAUUUGUAAUUCAAGAUAUGGAAUCUAAUACUAUUCCUGAGGAGGAAGAAGAGGAGUAUGAUGAUGUUGGACAAGUGAGCAGUGAACCAAUAGAUGAUAGCAUUUAUGAAGAAGUUAAAGAAGAACGUGUUCCUUCAAAGGCUGAAGUGCCAAGAAAACUGAGCCAGGAGAAAGUUACCACUGUUUCAGAUGCCGUUUUCUUUGCAGAGAGCAAAAAUACCGAUUAUGCCAAUUUCUAUCAAGGUUUGUGGGACUGCACAGGAGAUGUACCUGAUGAGUUGACGUUUAAACGGGGUGAUGUUAUCUACAUUCUCAGCAAGGAGUACAAUAGAUUUGGCUGGUGGGUAGGAGAAAUGAAGGGAACCAUUGGCUUGGUGCCUAAAGCCUACAUAAUGGAGAUGUAUGAUAUUUGAGAGGCCUGGGAGAAAUCUGCACUUGAAAUCAAGAGUGGUGUGCAGCUGCAGUUUACAGACCCAGCCUCUGAAAGAAGAUUCUGCCGUACACAUUUUGUGGUUUCAGUGAAUGUAGUCAAAUAAUUGCCUUGUGUAUAUUAAACAUUAAAAACUGUAAUUGGUCAUAAUUCUGCGGAAAUGUUCUUCUUAGCCACUUCUUAUAGAAUAGUAAUGCUAGCAAAUGACAUAGAUUGUAGUUAACAUAUGGGGCAUAAGCAGCCAAAUAGUGCCUGUUGCUCUUAAGCGUAGUAGCAGCACUUUGUAUGGCUAUAGAUUUGUGUUCUUUCAGGGAAUUUGGCUAUGUUUUCCUGUUCCUCAGAUUUAGAAAAAUCAAGCUGAACUUCAAAAGUAGAAAACUAUUACUCAGCUCAUGCAUGCAUUAACCUUUUAAUGCUCACUGUACAUUUUGUGCAGUUUCCUAGGAAAAUCAAGGGAAAUUUAUGUGUAAUAUUGCAAGUCUUCGGGGUAUUCUGCUUCCAAAUGUUUUUGUAUUGUGUUUUAGCCAAUGAUUUAUUUUUCUCAUCUAUGUAGUAUUGUAUUGAUACUUAAUAUUUUGUUACCACAAAAUGAAAGUUUGGUUCUUUUGCUGAUGUAAUAAAUCAGCCUGUGUGGUAAUACUGCCCUGAUACCAUUCUGACUUGGAGAUGUGAAUUAUGUGAAAAUUUGUAAAAAGAUAAUAUAUUAAGCCCCACAUUUUUUGCUAAGUCAACAUGAGCUAAAUGGCAGGUAAGAAUGAUUUUUGUUCGUGGUAGCGUGAAAUAUUUUAUCUGUACCUUACAGAUACUUUCACAGAGUCAAGUCUGGAUACCUUGUUGAUACGUAGAAUUUCUGAUACAAGUUGUGCAACAGAUAUCUUCAGCUCUGUGGAUUAGUAACAGCUACAUGCGGUGUUAUUGUCAAAUCCAGAACUUUGUGGCUAAAAAUAUCAGUUGAAACAUAAAAAAAGUACACUAAAAUACUAUCGCUCGUGGACAAGGGGUUGGGCAAGUCAGAGUUAAAACUUUAAAUACUCUUGUUUUGGAUAUGUGCUUUACUAUUAGCAUGCAAGAUCAACUUUUUUGAAUCUUCCCACAUGCUUGAUUUGUGAGACCCUUAAUCUGCCAAAGAGGCAGGUCAAGCCAGUCUGCGAAUUGCUGAGCCUGUGCAGGUCCCCUUUUUAGUUGCUCGUGCUGUUUAUGCUUCAGGCAGGCCCUGGAAACACUGUGGGUUAAAAGGUAAUGUUAGUCUGAACUCGGAAUUAGAUCCUUUCAGUUAAACUAAGAUGUUGUGCUUUAUGUUAGCUAAUGUAUGAUACUUGACGGUACACUGGAUUCUAAUAGGAGUCAAACAGGGUACAGAGUUUUGUUGUAAUUUUUUAAAAAAGAGAUAGUCAUUGAAAUUGAUUCUGUACAUUAUCAGUGAAGCAUUAAAAUGAUAGAUUAUAGUCUUCAGAUCUUUUACUACUUUAAUUUAUCAAGUGUACUUGUGGAUUGUGUACAGAAUAUGAAGCGUUAAUAUCAUGGCUAGAAAAGCUCCUUCUCUCUUGUUAACGUGGCAGCGUAAUAAAUCUGCCCACCGCAAUGUCUUUUUAUUAAUUACGUAAUUCCGGAUUCCACCACCGCCUACUUUUUUGGGAGUAAACCUCCCCCCCCCGCGUUGAGUGCAUACGCGCGAAACUUGAUUUAGGACAGGACCAGCGCGGGGACGGCGGCGCCGAGCCCGCAGCGGCUGUGCGGGAGCCGGCGCUGCCGCUGCCCGGAGGAGGGGAAGGGGCGGCGGGCUGAGACGGCGCGCUGCGCUCCGCUGCCUUGCGCUGCCCUGCCCUGCCGUGCCCUGCGCGCCCGCGGCGGUAGGUGGCAGCAAAUUUUCACAGCACGGGAGGAGGCCGAGCCCGUCCCCUUCCCCCUUCCCCGCGCCGCUUCUGCCGGUUUUCCAGGAGAGGGAGUCCUUACCCAAGCGAUGAGGAGUAGGCCUGCCGAGCGCUUUCUCUCCUGGGUGGUGGCAGCCAGAGGAAUAAAGUGUCUUUUGUCUGUAGCUCUCCUUCAGGGUUCCAUCCCCCCCCCCCCCCCCCCCGCUCUUAGUACAUAUGGGGGGCGGGGGGAGUAAACAAACUGCCUUAAAAUUCAAACUGUGAAAGAUGUCCUGAAACCCACUUGGAAGUGUCUUGGAAUAAACCAGCAAUGGACCAUGGAAGAAUUGUUUACUUUAAAUCUGUGCAAAUACCAUAACCUUUUUUGGAUAAGAAAAUCUCCGUUAAUACUACUUAAACAAAACGCAGUGGUAGAAAAUGCUAAUUGCUUUAUUUUCUUUGUGUACGGAGGUUGCACUUGUCUUUCCGUGAACGGUAAGACAGCUAAUUUUUUAAAAGAUGAUUGCAAGUGAUAUUUUGUACAGCGUUUUACUUGAUUAUUUGCUCUGUUCUGGAUUUGUAGUAUACUGCCAUUAGAUCUUACAAUAAUGUUCUACUCUGCAAAUUUUUAAGGUUCAAAUAAAGUUUAAUUGUUUGCAAA